AUGCCGGUCUCAUAGAUUUUCUGGUCGCCCUCAUCUCAGCUUGAGUUCAGUUCAUUCAUUCAGUCCAACAGAUAACACGACCAUCCCCCAGAAAUCAAAUCGAAAUCGAAGCAUAAUGGCCUUCGCUCAAGUCUCUGCCUCCCCUUCCCUCUCUGUCCGCGAUGUUUGUGCCGUUGCCUCGCCAAAGAGCGCUCAUGUCGUUCCUUCUCGGGUAACCUCUUCGAACAUUGCUCUGGUUCGGACCGUCUUUGCCACUGGUUCUCCUCUAGUGAUUCCAAGAUCUUUGAAAGCAAGGAAAUCCGCACGCGUGGCAGCAUCUUCAGCACCCAUAAGAUGUGAGCAAAGCACUCAGAGCAGUUUGGACAUAUGGCUAGGUCGUCUAGCAAUGGUUGGGUUUGCUGUGGCCCUUAGUGUCGAAAUCGCAACAGGAAAGGGGCUCCUUGAGAAUUUCGGGCUCACAACUCCUUUGCCUACUGUCGCCUUGGCCGUUACAGCACUCGUUGGAGUCCUAACAGCCAUUUUCAUCUUCCAAUCAGCCUCUAGGAAGUGAUCUCAUAUGGAUAACUCCGGUGGAUCAUAGUAUGUCUGCGAAGUUUGUGAUUACAGGGAAAGAGUUAUAUACAUUAACUAUUGUCUUAUGUUCCAAAUUUUUUUAUUUGUGCCAAAGAACUACGCACAAAUCAUUUCCUAGCGUAACGUAGCAAGGAUUUGUUCUAAAUACGUAAUGUAUGUUUUCUUCGUAGUUCAAUAUCUAUCUUGAAAUAUUAUUGCAAAGAAUGAUUAUUCUUUUCU